UAUCUUAACAUAUUUAUUUAGUUUCCAGUUAAAGUAGAAACUUCAAAAUUGUUCACUUGCGCAGUUUUUUAUUAAAUGCUGCAGAAUUUUAUAUAUUGUGACGACAAUAUAAAAAUCAAUUUUGCCUAUUUUUUUUGGGGGGUAGUCGGAAAAUCACAUUUUUGCCGAGUUUUUUUGGGGGGGUAGUCAGAGAAGUUUAACCUUAAAGGGUUUCGAGGUGUCGCGGAACAGUUCGAAGAAGUCGCUGGCUAUUGUGGACAGCGCGAAGAGUUUGCCCACCGUGGAACAGCCCACGCCGUCAACACUGUCGACCAGGAGCGAGGGGAAUAUGAAGAAGAAGAAUUACUACGCCAAGACAUACAAGAUCAUCAUGAACAAGAAGGAGGACGACAGGAGCGGAGAUCUGAUGUACCUGCCCAGCACCUCCAGGGGCUGGAGGCGAGAGGACACUGAAGAAUCCAUGAAGGAUUCUGCAAUGAAAAAAACACAAUUCAAGACGGAGAAGUCUCUGCUGACUUUCCACGAACACAAAGACAGUGAGCGUCCGCGAGCUGAUUCCAAAGAAAAUGAUGGCAAGGAAACAGGAAGAGACGGAGGAGCCGACGAUGACAUAAGAGAGAUAUACAGCGACGGGAUAGUCUCGAAUACGAGUCUGGCAGACAAAAUGAAACCCACGAAGGAGAAAAUCCCGAUCGAAGUUUACGAGGAUCUGGGGAACCGGAUCAGGGACUCGGAACAGCUGGUGCUGGCUAAACUGGACGAAGUGAUAAGACUCCUGGAGAAAAAAGACGCCACUUGAAUGUUAGUAGAACAGCCACAGAAUACAACAAUCCUCCCAAUCCCCACCCAUAGAUCCUACGGAUUAUAUAUAUUUAUAUUUCUUCAUAUUUAAAUAGGACUUCUCCCACUUUUAAAAUGCCAAUGUCUAAUUUAAUUUAUAU